AUGAAUAAACACAUCGCAAUCGAUAAGCCGUUCUGCUCUAGUGUUGCCUUACCGCGUUCCUCGUGCAUUCUAAAGUUUCUUGCUCCCUUCAUCAUCGCACGCAACACCAUGAAUUCCGAUGUCUAUUACAGCCCCAAAGAGCCAACACUUUCAGCAGAUCACAACGGCCACGUUUCGAAAAUAGUAAGCACCCCUUACUUGACAGAAUAUUCAAGCAGCCAAUCACCCUAUUUGCCUGAUGCGACAGAGAGUGUUGCGGGCAAGCUGAGAGGCUUCCGUUCGGAAUUGUCUCCGCGUCCUUCGUCCCCCUCACCCAGGCAACUUCAAGUGAACCUCCCACGGCUGCGCGAUUUAGACAUUUUCCAUCCAGCUAAAGCAUCAAACUCCACGACCUCCAUGACCUCCUCCAUGACCUACUCGCCUCGUCUCGUCGGAUCUUGUGAAAGCUUUCCGAGACCCGCUACGCUCUCAUCGGAUACCCAAAGUCCCAUACCAUUGGCGACAAACGGAUGCUGUAACGGCCUCCCUCUCUCCAAUGCAACCCCGCAAUGCCAGCAUCGGUCCCAGAACUCGCCAUUGGCCGUCGAAGGCUGUCUUCUCAACUGGCUUCCGGCAAGCCCUCAAACCAGCGCACCGGCCUCGCGUCGGCGUCGUCGUCCAACAAGCCGUCCCCAUUGCAACGUGAGGUAUACUUCGGAACAACUUGAUUGCAUUGACAACCUUCACGGCAGCGGUCUAUCUUGGGAAAGAAUUACGGAAGAGUACAACGCCAUGUUCCCCAGCGACGCCGAGAAAGGACACGAACGCAGACCCCAGGGCCUCCAGGGUGUCUUUUAUCGCAGAAACAAGCAGGCCUCUAUUUAA